AUGCCAGGCGAGACGCUAGCUCUUCCGGCGCCGCCGCCUGGCGGCUUGAAAGACGCUACGCCGUCAGUCCUGACGGCUGAAGAACGGUCUGGGCAGCAGAAACCGGCAGAGAAGCCGAAACCGGUGGUGGUUGCGACGCAGACGAAGACGAUCGGCAUCAUUCACCCUCCCCCCGAUAUUCGCAGUAUCGUCGACAAAACCGCCACCUUCGUCGCCCGAAACGGUCCGGAUUUUGAGAAGAAGAUUCUUGCCGCCAACAAAGGGAACGUCAAGUUUAAUUUCCUCACGCCCACCGAUCCCUACCAUGCGUACUACCGGCACAAGAUUAACGAGCAGCUUGCGCAGCUUAAUCUUCCGGCUCAGCCCGAACCUAUAGCGUCCGAGCCUGGUGCAGGUUCGGCAGCUGGCUCGGCAGCCGGAGCUCCUGCCGGGGCGGCUCCGGGAGCAGCUGGGGCUGCAGCUGCGGUUGUCAAGCCUGCAGGCCCCGCAGGGCCUUUUCCGGAGGCUGGCAAAGACGCGGCGGCAGCAGGGACUUCGGCAGCAGCGGCGAAGCUUCCGGAUCUGCCCGAACCGGAGCAGUACACGGUUCGGAUUCCGGAAGGCAUGUCCGGGCAGGAUUUGGACGUUAUCAAGCUGACCGCGCAACUCGUGGCGCGAAACGGAAAGACGUUUUUAACGGGACUGAUUAGCCGCGAGCACAUGAACCCGCAGUUCAAUUUCCUCAAGCCCACGCACAGCCUAUUCACCUUCUUCACCGCUCUCGCGGACGCGUACUCCAAAGUACUAAUGCCUCCUAAGGAGGUAUUAGACAAGGUGAAGCGCGACGCGGGCCCGGGUGGGCAGGCCGCGAUCAUGGCGCGGAUCCAGACGCGGCUCGAUUACGAGAAGAAGCAGGAGAAGGCGCGGAAGAAAGCGGAGGACGAGAUCGAGCAGGAGCGAUUGCAGAUGGCUCUAAUCGACUGGCACGAUUUCAUAGUCGUAGAGACUAUCGAGUUCGCGGACGACGAGGAGGCGGAGCUGCCGGUUCCGAUGACUAUAGAGGAGGUGAUUAGAAAGAGCAAGCAGCUCGGCGCGGACGAGGAGCUCGAGGCGGAGGACGCCGCGGCGGUCGCGGCGGCGGAGGCGGGCGCGAAGCCGGGGACGAAGGCGGCGGCGGCGGCGGCGGAGAAGGCGAAGGGGGAGAAGGAGGCGGCGCAGACGAUGGACGCGGAGGAGAUGAAGCUGGUGGAGGAGGGCAUGCGCGCCGCGGGGAUCGCGGAGGGGGAGGGGGGGAAGGGCGCGGAGAAAGGGGAAGGGGAGAAGGCAGAAGGGGAGAGGGGAGGGGAGGAGAUGGAGAUGGGGGAGGAGGGAGGUGCGCCUGCUGGUGUUCCUCCGCCCCCACCACCGCAGAUGCCACCGCCGCCGCCGCCUGCUGAAGUGGAGGAGAACGAGAUGGACAUGGAAGAGGAGGAGGAGGAGGCACCAAUGCGCAUCGUGCGCAACUGGAAGCGACCAGAGGAGCGAGCAGCGGCCGAGCAAGACCCUACCAAGGUGGUGGUGUCCCCGAUCACGGGCGAGCUGAUCCCAAUAGCGGACAUGGCGGAGCACAUGCGCAUCUCGCUCAUCGACCCCAAGUACAAGGAGCAGAAGGAGCGCAUGCUCGCCAAGCUGCGCGAAAACACCCUCGCCAACGACGACGAGAUCUCCAAGAACAUCGUCGGGCUGGCCAAGACCCGCCCGGAUAUCUUUGGGACCACGGCGGAGGAGGUUUCGGAGGCAGUUCGGGCGGAGAUGGAGAAGAAGAAGGACGAGGGCGCGCCGAGCCGGGUCAUGUGGGACGGGCAUACUGCCAGCAUUGGCCGAACCGCCACCCAGGCGUUGCAGCAGAGCCUCGCGCAGCCGCCCGCUGCGGAGAAAAAGGACGAGCCGAGCCGCCCGGUUUCGGGCCCACAAGCCCCGGCUCCGUCUCCUCCUGCUGCUCGACCUGCUGCUCUCCCGCGCCCUCCUGCCGGGGGUCCUCCUCCCGGUAUGCAGCACAUGCGCCCCGGAGGCAACAUGCCUCCUCCCAUCGCCACCAUGGCUGCUUACGGCAUGCCCCGCAUGCCCAUGCCAGGCAUGCCAGGAAUGCCGGGCAUGCCGGGUAUGCCUGGUAUGAUCAACCCCAUGCUGAUGGCUCAGAACCAAGCUGCUGCUGCGGCGGCUGCUGCAGCGGGAGGGAUGUUUGGCAUGCGGCCGCCCAUGAUGGCCCCAGGGCAGCCAGGGAUGGUGCCGGGAGGGUUCCCGGGUUUCCCAGGGGGCAUGCCCAUGGGUGUGCCGAUGGGGAUGCCGGGAGGGGUGCAGAUGGGUAUGGGGAUGGUUCCGGGGGGUAUGAUGCCUGGAGGUGCUGCGGCAGCGGCAGGAGGGGGGGGUGGAGGGGAGGAUGAGCAUGAUGCGAAGAGGCAGAAGACAGAGGAGAAUCUGAUCCCGGAGAAUGUCUUCCUCGCACAGCACCCGGGCCCAGUGCGAGUGGUGGUUAUGCUGCCCUCAGUAGAGGGCGAGCCGGCACUCAACGGGCAAAAGGUGGAGGUGCUGGUGUCGUCACUCAGCGAAUCAACUGGUGCCUUCAAAGAGCACAUUGCGCAGGCUCUGGGUGGCAGCGUGCCAGCCAACAAGCAAAAGCUCAGUGGCAAGGCAGGUUUCUUCAAGGAUUCGCUUUCGCUGGCGUACUAUAAUGUUGGGCCUGGGGAGGCAGUGGUUAUGAGCUUGAAGGAACGUGGAGGCAGGAAGAAAUAG